UCUAGCUUGGCAAUCACUAUGCCAUAUGUUGAAUUCUUUGCCAUAGGGGACAACCAAUUCUUCGGACAAAUCCCUAUUUCAAUAUGCAAUGCCUCAAAUCUAAAUGUACUUGAAUUUGCUGUUAACAAUUUCAGUGGAGACGUGCCUUCGUUAGAAAAGUUGGAUAAACUGUCUAACCUUCAACUAGAGGGAAACCACUUGGGAUACGGGAGACAAGGUGACUUGAACUUUCUCUGCACUUUACUCAAUAAUUCCUUAUGUUAUCUGUCUUUUGGCAUGAAUAAUUUUGGAGGGGAACUUCCGGAAUGCAUUAGCAAUUUUUCCAACACCCUUGUGGGUUUAGGAAUGGAGAAGAACAAAAUAUGGGGAAGAAUUCCGGAUGGGAUUGGAAAUCUCAACAAUUUGGAGGUACUAGUGGCAGAUACAAAUCAACUAUCAGGCUCCAUUCCCUUUGAAAUUGGUAGGCUUCAGAAGCUAAAGGUGUUUUUCGCUUUUGGUAAUUUUCUCUCUGGGAUUAUUCCUCAUUCUAUUGGAAAUUUAACAGAGUUAAUCCAACUUAGUUUAGAAUUUAACAAUCUUCGAGGCAACAUUCCUUCAAGUUUAGGUAACUGCCAAAAUUUGCUUGCAAUGAGUCUUUCUCAUAACAAUCUUAGUGGACCUAUACCCCCUCAAGUACUUGGAAUCCCAUCCUUGUCAAUUACUUUAGAUUUAUCAUCAAAUGAUUUGACAGGCGAACUUCCUGUUGCAGUAGGUUGUAUGAAAAAUCUAGCUGAAUUCUAUCUUUAUAAAAACAUGUUAUCUGGCUUGAUUCCAAAUAACCUUGGUAGCUGUGUAAGUCUAGAGAUGUUGUUCUUGGAUGGGAAUUUGUUUGAAGGUCCGCUUCCUUCAUCUUUGAGUUCAUUGAAAGGUCUUGAGGCAUUGGAUGUAUCUGAUAAUAAUCUUUCGGGUGAGAUUCCGAAAUUUCUUGUCAGUUUGAGGGCAUUAAAGUAUUUAAAUCUCUCUUCCAAUGAUUUCGAGGGAGUGUUGCCAAGUGAAGGAGUUUUUAAGAAUGCAAGUGCUAUAUUUGUUGAGGGGAACAAUAAGUUAUGUGGAGGUAUCCCUGAGUUACACUUGUCAAGAUGUAACACAAAAAUAUCACCAAACACUUCCCUUAAAUUGAAGAUUUCAAUUGUCAUUGUGAUUUUAGGAGUGGCUUUGGUUUUAACUUGUCUCUUCAUCUUGUGGUUUAGAAAGAAGAAAGAGCGAAAGCCAACUGCAACUUGUGCAGAGAAUUCGCUUUUAAGGUUGUCAUACCAAAGCAUCCUAUUGGCUACUGACGGUUUUUCCAUGCAAAAUUUAGUUGGUUCGGGAAGUUUCGGCUCUGUAUACAAAGCAAUUCUUGAAGAGGGUGGAGCAACUAUUGCGGUAAAGGUGCUUAAUCUUCUUAAUCGUAGAGCUUCCAGGAGUUUCAUGGCUGAAUGCGAGAUCUUGAAGAACAUUCGACAUCGAAAUCUUGUGCGGGUAUUAACAGCCAUUUCUAGUGUCGAUUAUAAAGGCAAUGAUUUUAAAGCCUUGGUUUAUGAGUUCAUGGAAAAUGGAAACUUGGAGGACUGGUUGCAUCCAUCUAGCAGCUUGAAUGAACCGGAGACAAUGAGAAACUUGAACUUCUUCGAAAGAGUUGAUGUGGCCAUUGAUGUUGCUCAUGCACUCGAAUACUUGCAUCAUCGUUGUGAAAUGUCAAUAAUUCAUUGUGACCUUAAGCCAAGCAAUGUUUUACUUGAUGAUGAAAUGGUUGGCCAUAUAAGUGAUUUCGGCUUAGCAAAAAUCCUUUUUGCAGACAGCCUAAACCAUCAUGCUUCUCAGUCAAGUUCCCUUGGAUUAAGAGGAACAAUUGGUUACGCUUCACCUGAAUAUGGCAUGGGAAGCGAGUUGUCAACAAAAGGAGAUGUGUAUAGUUAUGGCAUCCUUUUGCUGGAGAUGUUUACAGGGAAAAGGCCAACUGAUGAAAGGUUCAAAGAAGGUUUAAGUCUUCACAUCUUUGUUAAGGAAGCUUUGCCUGAUCUAAUGGUUGAGAUUAUAGAUCCGAUUCUACUUCUAGAGGGUGUCAGAGAAGGAACAGUCACAAACAUCACUCGCAAUGCAAACCGUAUGGGAAAUGACAGCCGCCUUCAUUGCUUGAAUUCAAUAUUCGAAAUAGGACUUGCAUGCUCUGUUGAAUCACCGGUCGAGCGGAUGGACAUGAGUGAUGUUGUUGCCAAGCUUUGUUCUAUUCGAGAUAAACUUCUUCGUCCAACUCGAUUACGCCAUGGGAUUCGAACUCCAUAUCCUGCUCAAUCAGAAGGUAAUAAUGUCUUCUUAUCUUAACAAAAUUAUAUCACC